AUGCUUGUGUCCAGCAAAUACAAGCAGAUGUAUGAAUGCCGCCUUCCAGCCCAGGCAGUGAGGUUUCACCAGGACGGAGCCUCUGAGCCUGACUCCCAAGGCUACACCGGACCAAGCAUCCCAGACUUGCUCAAGCCUAUGCACACUGCCCCUUGCCUAGUGAAGGCGAAAGACUGGUGGACAUAUGAGUUCUGCUAUGGACAACACAUUAGACAGUACCAUCUUGAGGACACAGGUGUCAAAGGGGAUGUUUUCUUCCCGGGUUACUUUGAUUCAGAGUUUGACUGGAUCAAUGAAACAGCCAAGGCUGGAGAGGAUGCCUUUGAUAAUCAGCUCACAGAUAAUGAGGUCACAGAGGAUGCUUUUGGAGAUGAAACAUUCAACUUCAAGGUCAUCACAGACCCUGCAGACCUGAUGAAAUUUGUGCAGAAUCUAAAAGAGAGCAACAGAAAGAAAGCACAAAAUGAAGCCGAAAGAGAGGCACUGAGGAAGGAAAAGGAGAGACGAGGAGCCGAGGAUGAAGAAGAGCGUCUCCUGCUGCAGGAGUUUGAUGAAGAGAUAGCUGGCCUCUCGGUGCCCUCUGCCAACAUCGAGGAGAUGAAAGAGGAAAUGCAAAAGAAGUUUGACAACAUCAUAGACGAGCAGGAGCUGGACACAGAGGGUCUGAAGGGGGAGUUUGACCGCACUCAGGCCACCCAGACUUUUGAGACAACUCUGGACAAGCUGCUGAACCACUUAGAGGACAAAGACGCCGGGGACACAGAGGCAGAGCACCUGACAGAGGGAGGCCAGAAGGCCAACGACCCAGCCAGGGGCAGCCCCAGCCUGGCCCCCCAACAGCCAGAGAUCCCCCCUACAUCCUGCUGCCCUACGUAUACUUGUUGGGAGGGGACCUCUGUUUGUCUCUCUUGUCUCGUCACCCCAAACCAAGCGACUGACGACCAUGUUCAAAUCAGAGUUACUAAGUAUAAGACGAGCGGCAGCCCCGAUGGGGAGGUCGAAGUUCAGGAGAUGGGCGAAGGCGACCUCAAGUGGCAGCAUAUUAAGGACAUGGUUAAAGGACAGCUAGAGAAGGCGGGACUGAAGGCCGAAGGUCAAAUUGAGGUGAAGAUUUUAACACCAAGGACAGCUGAGGAUCAGUGGCUGACUGAAGAAGAUACUAAGUCAUUCAGAGAGCUGCUCAUCAACCUCUUGACAGGGGGAACAGAUGGAGUUUACAAGUAGCAAAAGAGACAUCAGGAGUUGGAAAACAACUACAGAUUUGUAUGGGGAGAGAGACCAGAAGAGGCCCAGUACACCAGUACUGCACCGGUCUCAGACGAUGUGGAGUUAUGAGCUCUGGGGAGAUGUUUACUUGCAUCGUGGGAACCAAGCACCUGUGGAGGCUAGGUGCGGGGAGUGUCCCUCGCCACUGUCAGAACUCUGAACUCACUGCUAAGUCUCAGCUGCCCCUUGGGCCCGACUGGAAGCACCAGUGUCCACAAGUACACCUGUUCCCACACUUAGAAAUGUGUUGUCCCUAUCAGGCACCCUUAUGUGCCUUACACAAAUCAAUCCAAAUGUCUUAGCUGUGGUGGUGUAAUGGUGGCAGGUUUUGUUUUCUCUCCUCAAUGUGAUGGCUGAAAAGGGGCAUUAUUUCAAUGUCUAUGUUGGGUUGAGAGGAGGGUUGGAAAAACACCAUGGACUUGGCAAUCUGUACCUGUGAAAAUGGAUCUAAGGCUUGGACUGAAUGGGGUUUAACUUGACAUUUCUACAGAAGUAUGAUGCCCUGUCCUUGCGUUGCCACACAGCAGUGCUUAAAAACACAGUGGCGUAGUUAUAUCUGCUGCUCUACAGUGUGAGGAAAGGAUCUCCGGGAGUGAUGCAAUGGAGGAAUUCACCUGGUAUUUACAUUUGGCGUCACAAAAUGAUACAGUAUGUUUGCAAAAGGAGGCUACUGUUUACCAGUUAUCUUUUAUUGUUUAGUCAUUCUACAUUUAUUUAUACAGAAUGCCGAUUCGGAAACCUGAAAAAGAGUGAGAACCACAUGCUGUUGUGGUUUAGAGGUUGAACCACAGUUUGAAUAUUUAAAUGAGAACCAGUGUAAUUUAGUGAAGCUUAUUCAACUCUUUAAUUGUUCAUUGUAGAAUUGACAUACUUGAUGAAACAUUCAUCAUAUUCCAUAUACAUUUGGGAGCACUUUAAAAGUUGAGAAAUGGUUCUGGAAAGUUGUACAUUUUGUCAACUGUCAUGAAUGUUUAGAACUGUUAUUUUAUGUUUCAGAUUUUUUUGGUUUGAUGCCAGCAAACCCAAAAAUACUUAUCCUAUUUUCAUUUGAGAAGUUAUUUCUCAGAAAUAGUGAUUGGAGCUCAGCUGUUCCUGUCAACAAAAUGUUAGUUUAGUUCGUUUUUUUGGCGCAAAGGUUUCCUCAGUGAUAAAUGCAUGCCAUUUAGCCAACAAUUUUAUCCAAAGUGACAGUCAGGCGUGCAUACAUUUUACAUAUACAGUGGGGAGAACAAGUAUUUGAUACACUGCCGAUUUUGCAGGUUUUCCUACUUACAAAGCAUGUAGA